AUGGGCAUUCCCAUCGAGUUCGACGAUCGACAAACCCAUGUCGACGCAUUGAAUGAGGAAUUCCAUCCUUACGAGUACCAGGAUGAGAACAACUCCUCAUGGGCUGGGGCCCUCCCAGGUCUUUACGACCCGAGCUUAGAAAAGGAUGCUUGUGGUGUCGGGUUUGCGUGCCAUAUCAAAGGCUUGGCCAGCCACAAGAUUGUUAGCGAUGAGUCUAUCCACCUCCUCGAGGAGAUUUCCGAGUCCUUGGGUCUCCGAGUCCUUGGCUGGAGACGGCCUCCCGUGGACUCCACACUCCUCGGCCCUGCUGCCAAGUCGAGAGAGCCCGUCAUCAUGCAGCCAUUUGUUGUGUUGGCCUCUGCCUAUGGCCCUGGGAAUGCGCCUAGCGAGACCCACGCCGAGAACUUUGAUGAGCGCCUCUUUGAAAGGCAGCUUUACGUCCUUCGGAAGCGCGCUACUCACACUAUCGGGCUCAAGAACUGGUUUUAUCUUUGCUCCCUCUCGAACAAGAACAUCGUCUACAAGGGUCAAUUGGCGCCGGUCCAGGUCUACCAAUACUAUUACGACCUCGUCAAUGCCGACUACGAGGCGCACUUCGCCCUGGUUCACUCGCGAUUCUCGACCAACACGUUCCCCUCCUGGGACCGUGCUCAGCCUCUACGAUGGGCUGCCCAUAAUGGUGAGAUCAACACGCUACGCGGAAACAAGAACUGGAUGAGGGCUCGCGAGGGCGUCAUGCGUUCCGAUACCUUUGCUGAUGAGCUCGAGAUGCUCUAUCCUAUUGUUGAGGAAGGCGGUUCCGACUCCGCCGCUUUCGACAAUGUGCUCGAGCUCUUGACCAUCAACGGCGUCCUCUCUUUGCCCGAGGCUGUCAUGCUCAUGGUCCCCGAGGCCUGGCAGGGAAAUGCUCAUAUGGACCCCAAGAAGGCUGCAUUCUAUGAAUGGGCCGCCUGCCAAAUGGAGCCUUGGGACGGCCCAGCCCUAUUUACGUUUGCUGAUGGCCGGUACUGCGGUGCCAACCUUGACCGUAACGGUCUUCGACCGUGUCGUUUCUACGUCAUGGAUGAUGAUCGCAUCAUCUGCGCGUCUGAGGUUGGUACUAUCUAUGUUGACCCUGAGCGAGUCAUCAAGAAGGGCCGUCUUCAACCGGGUCGCAUGUUGCUGGUUGAUACCAAGGAGGGUCGCAUUAUCGACGACGCCGAACUCAAGAACAACGUCUCGAACCGUUUUGACUUCCGCUCUUGGCUUGAUAAGGAGCUCCUCACCUUGCCCAAGGUCUACGAAGAGGCGGCGGCGAAGGCGGACCUGUCUCGAAGCCCGAUGCUACUCCCCUGCAGCAGGAUCCGCUCCUUUUCGCUUUUGGCUACACCCACGAGCAAGCUCCCAGAUUGCCCUACGAGUACUUCCGCCAGCUAUUCGCGCAAGUUACCAACCCCCAUUGACCCUAUCCGAGAGUCGAUCGUCAUGUCUCUUGAUUGUUAUGUAGGGCCCCAGGGCAACCUCUUGGAGAUGAACAGCUCUCAGUGCGGACGCCUUCUCCUCCCCAGCCCGAUCCUCUCUAUUCCCGAGUUCAACUCCUUGACGCACAUGCACAAGAAGCAUCCGGGCUGGUCGGUCAAGACUAUCGACUUGACCUUCUCCAAGAAAGAGGGAGUUGAUGGCUACCUCAAGCAUCUCGAUUUCAUCUGCAGCGAGGCCAUGUCUGCCGUCGAGUCCAAGGACAGGAUUAUCGUCCUCUCGGACAGGAACACCAAUGCCGACCGCGUCGCCGUGUCCACCCUCCUGGCCUCCGGCAUGGUUCACCACCACUUGGUUGCCAACAAGUGGCGAUCCAUGGUCGCCCUCGUCGUCGAGACCGCCGAAGCCCGCGAAGUUCACCACAUGUGUGUCCUUCUCGGCUACGGUGCCGAUGCCAUCAACCCAUACCUUGCCAUGGAGUGUAUUCUCAAGCUGAAUCGCGAGGGGUUGAUUAAGAAGAUGCUCACCGACGAUGAUCUCAUCCGAAACUACAAGCACUCUUGCGAUGGAGGUAUCCUCAAGGUUAUGAGCAAGAUGGGUAUCUCCACGCUGGCGAGUUACAAGGGCGCUCAAAUCUUUGAGGCCCUCGGCCUCGACGAAGUUGUGGUCGACAAGUGCUUCCGUGGCACCGCUUCCCGUAUCCAAGGUGCGACAUUCGAGAUUAUUGCUCAAGAUGCGUUCCGAUUCCAUGAGCGCGGCUUCCCCUCUCGAUACACCGUAGGCAUCGAGUCCCUCCCCGAGUCUGGCGAAUACCACUGGCGUGAUGGCGGAGAGCCUCACGUCAACGACCCGACAGCCAUCGCAAACCUCCAAGAUGCUGUCCGCAGCAAGAAUGACAAGUCUUACGAGGCCUAUUCUCGAAAGGAAUACGAGCAGAUCAAGGCCUGUACUUUGCGCGGCCUGCUCGACUUUAACUUUGAGGAUGCCGAGCCCAUCCACAUCGACCAGGUUGAGCCCUGGACGGAAAUCGUCCGCAGGUUCUGUACCGGUGCCAUGUCGUACGGCUCCAUCUCGAUGGAAUCUCACUCGACUCUCGCCAUCGCUAUGAAUAGGCUCGGCGGCAAGUCGAACACGGGUGAAGGCGGUGAAGACCCCGAGCGCUCCCAGCGCUUCCCCAACGGCGAUACUAUGCGAUCCGCCAUCAAGCAGGUCGCUUCCGGUCGCUUCGGCGUUACCUCUGCUUAUCUGGCGGACUCGGAUGAGCUGCAAAUCAAGAUGGCUCAGGUCUAUUGCGCGAACGCGCCACUCCACCCCGGUGUCGGUUUGAUUUCCCCGCCCCCGCAUCACGACAUCUACUCGAUUGAGGAUCUCAAGCAGUUGAUUUACGACUUGAAGUGCUCCAACCCCAGAUCUCGGGUUUCCGUGAAGUUGGUGUCCGAGGUCGGUGUUGGCAUCGUCGCUUCUGGUGUCGCCAAGGCCAAGGCUGACCACAUCUUGAUCGCGGGCCACGAUGGUGGUACCGGAGCUAGUCGCUGGACCGGUAUCAAGUACGCUGGCCUACCUUGGGAGCUUGGUCUUGCCGAGACCCAUCAGACCCUUGUUCUCAACGAUCUCCGUGGUCGCGUCGUCGUUCAGACAGAUGGCCAGCUCCGUACCGGUCGCGACGUCGCGAUUGCGUGCCUUCUCGGUGCUGAAGAAUGGGGUUUCGCCACCGCCCCCUUGAUCGCCAUGGGCUGCAUUUUCAUGAGGAAGUGCCAUUUGAACACCUGCCCUGUGGGUAUCGCUACCCAGGAUCCCGAGCUGAGGAAGAAGUUUAACGGUACCCCCGAGCACGUCAUCAACUUCUUUUACUAUGUCGCCAACGAGAUGCGAGCCAUCAUGGCUAAGCUUGGUUUCCGCACCGUGAACGAGAUGGUUGGUCGGGCUGAGAUGUUGAUGGUCCGCGAUGACCUCCGGACUAACAAGACGGCCAACAUUGACUUGAGCUUGCUCCUGACCCCGGCGCAUAAGCUUCGCCCGGGCGUGGCCACCUUCAACGUCCGCAAGCAGGACCACAAGCUUUACGUACGUCUUGACAACAAGCUCAUCUCCGAGUCGGAAUCGACACUCGAUAAGGGGCUGCCGUCGAGGAUCGAAUGUGAGGUGGUUAAUACGGACCGAGCGAUGGGUACCUCUUUGUCGUACCACAUCUCGAAGCGCUUCGGCGAGGUCGGACUACCCAUGGACACUGUCCACGUUAACAUCAAGGGUUCUGCCGGCCAGUCGUUUGGUGCUUUCCUCGCACCCGGUGUCACUUUGGAACUUGAGGGCGACUCCAAUGACUACGUCGGCAAGGGUCUCUCUGGUGGUCGCCUGAUCAUCUAUCCGCCUCGCUCGGCGGUUUUCAAGGCUGAAGAAAACGUCCUCAUUGGCAACGUCUGCUUGUACGGCGCUACCAGCGGUACCUGCUUCUUCCGUGGAGUUGCGGCCGAGCGCUUCGCCGUUCGUAACUCGGGUGCCACAGCCGUUGUGGAGGGCGUGGGUGACCACGGCUGCGAGUACAUGACGGGCGGUAGGGUUGUCAUUCUCGGCAGCACUGGCCGAAACUUCGCCGCUGGUAUGUCGGGCGGCAUCGCCUACGUCUUGGACAAGCACCACGACUUCUUGUCUAAGCUCAACACCGAAAUGGUGGAGGCCGGCCCUGUGGAGGAUCCCACGGAAAUUGCGUACCUCCGUGGCCUCAUUGAGGAUCACCACCACUAUACGGGAUCAGAGCUCGCCACGCGCAUCCUCAUGGACUUCUCGAGGGCCCUGUCGCGCUUCGUCAAGGUCCUCCCCGUCGACUACAAGAGGGUGCUCGACGAGGAAGCGGCCAAGAAGGCGUCGGAAUCAGCUCUUCCCAACCUCCCGACCUUGACGACCACUCACCAACCCAAGAAGGCGGACAAGGGCACCAAGCUCCAGGACAUGGAGGAGAUGAUUACCGACGGCGCGGCGGAGAAGAAGAAGAAGGCCCUUGUGCUCGACAAGACAAAGGGCUUCAUGAAGUACCACCGACGGACUGAAAAGUACCGGCCGGCCAAGACUCGGACCAAGGACUGGCAGGAACUCAGCCAGCGGUUGGACGAGGACGAGCUCAAGUACCAGUCUGCUCGAUGCAUGGACUGCGGUGUUCCCUUCUGCCAGUCCGAAACUGGUUGCCCCUUGUCCAACAUCAUUCCCAAGUGGAAUGAGCUGGUGUUCCAGAACCAGUGGCAGGAUGCUCUUGACCGCCUCCUCAUGACCAACAACUUCCCCGAGUUCACGGGUCGCGUGUGCCCCGCUCCUUGCGAGGGUGCAUGCGUGCUCGGCAUCAACGAGGACCCCGUGGGCAUCAAGUCCAUCGAGUGCGCCAUCAUUGAUCGUGGGCCUGCUGGUCUCGCUUGCGCGGAUCAGUUGAACAAGGCUGGCCACACCGUGGUUGUCUACGAAAGAGCCGACCGACCUGGCGGUCUCUUGAUGUACGGUAUUCCCAACAUGAAGCUGGACAAGCGCAUCGUCAAGCGACGAACCGACUUCAUGGCCGCCGAGGGCGUGACUUUCAAGACUGGAGUGGCGAUUGGAACAGACAUCACCCUCACCGAUGUCAAGGCGGAGAACGAUGCGGGCCGCAACCUCGAGGGUAUCCACUUCGCCAUGGAGUUCCUCCACGCCAAUACCAAGUCUCUCCUGGACUCGGAGCUCGCGGACGGCGCGUACAUCUCGGCCAAGGGCAAGGAUGUCAUCGUCAUUGGCGGAGCCCCGCCGGAGCGUGCGCACGACAACCCGUGGCCCCAGUGGCCUCGCAUCUACCGCGUCGACUACGGACACACCGAGGUGAUGCAGCACACGGGCAAGGACCCCCGCGAGUACUGCAUCAUGUCGGAGGAGUUUGUCGACGACGGCAGCGGCAAGGUAAAGGGAAUCAACACGAUUCGGGUAGAGUGGACUCGCUCGUCCAACGGUGGCUGGGAUAUGAAGAAGCUCGAGGACUCGCGGCAGUUCUUCCCGGCCGACCUUGUGCUUCUUUCCAUGGGUUUCUUGGGUCCUGAGGAUCGCGUCUUGGGUGAUGCGAUUGAGAAGGAUGCGCGAAAGAAUGUCAAGACCCCUCCUGGAAAGUACUGCACCAACGUCGAGGGUAUCUUUGCUGCUGGUGACUGCCGACGUGGCCAGUCUUUGAUCGUUUGGGGCAUUAAUGAGGGUCGUCAAGCAGCUCGCGAGGUUGAUCUCUACCUCGAGCAUUGCACAGGCCUGCCUGUGACGGGUGGUAUCAUCAAGACCACGGCGCAGGAAAUCUUUGAGGCCAUUCAAAAGGUUUAA